UUUCAGUAUUUCACAGUCCAAAGAUUUUUUUUCUUACACAGUGAGUAAUGGCAGAACUUAUGGAACAGCAGAAUUCAUCUCCACAGCAGUCAAAUUUGAUAAUAAAUUACUUGCCUCAAUCCCUAACGGAUGAAGAGUUUCGAUCUAUGUUCUUAAGCAUUGGUCCUAUUAAAAAUUCCAAAAUUGUAAGAGAUAAACAAACUGGAUACAGCUAUGGGUUUGGCUUUAUUGACUAUCAGAGUGCAGCAGAUGCAGAAAGAGCUAUUGAAUCCCUAAAUGGAUUACAACUACAGAAUAAGAGAAUAAAAGUUGCUUAUUCAAGACAAGGUGGUGAAGACAUCAAACAAGCUAACGUUUAUAUCACAAAUGUUCCAAGACAUUGGAAAAGUGAACAGCUACAAGAACACUUUGGUCAAUUUGGAAAUAUUGUUUCAUGUCGUGUAAUUAUUGAUGAAAGAACUGGAUUUUCUAAAGGUAUUGGUUUUAUUCUUUAUAAUCUAAAAGAAGAUUCUGAAAAAGCUAUUGCGAUGAUGAAUGGUAAAGUUCCAGAGGGAGGAGAAAUGCCAAUGUUGGUUAAACUUGCAGAUGACAAUGCCAAAAAGGUGCGACCACCACCUGUUCAGUUUUUACCAGCUCCUCCAAUGGGUGGUCGAUACCCUCAUGGACCAAUGAGAAGCAUGGGUAACAGAUUCUCAAGAUAUAAUCCAAUGGGAGGCUCUAAUUACAAUGCUCCCCCAGUUGGUGCAGGUCCAUACAUUCUUUAUGUGUAUAACAUUGGUGACAAUGCCAACGAACAAAUGCUAUAUCAGUUAUUUAGUGCAUAUGGAAAUGUUCAGAAAGUUAAUGUUAUCUAUGAUGGUCAGCGUCAAAAAUGUAAAGGCUAUGGGUUUGUGACAAUGACAAAUUGGGAAGAAGCAGAAACAGCAAUCAGUUGUCUCAAUGGCUAUUGGGUCCAAGGGAGAGAACUUCAAGUCUCAUAUAAGAAAUUUCUGAAGACGUCAACAGAAAGUAUGAUGCAGACACAACAGAUGGAAAAUCCAGUUCCAGGCCUGGAACACAAACUAAUAAUCAACUACUUGCCACAGUCCCUCACAGAUGAGGAGUUCCAUUCCAUGUUCCUGAGUAUUGGUCCAAUAUCCAAUUCAAAAAUUGUCCGAGACAAAGCUACAAAUUAUAGCUAUGGAUUUGGUUUUAUUGAAUACAUGAAUCCUGCAGAUGCUGGGAAAGCAAUACAAGCACUCAAUGGUCUGAAAUUACAAAAUAAAACCUUAAAAGUAGCAUAUUCAAGGCCAAGUGGAGAUAGCAUUAAAGGAGCAAACUUAUAUAUCACCAACAUUCCAAAGCAUUGGAGCAAUGAGGACUUAAAAAAUGGUUUUCUUAAAUUUGGAAACAUUGUCCAAGCUCGUUUACUUAUAGAUCAUAACACAAAUUUAUCCAAAGGUGUUGGAUUUGUUCUUUUUGAUCAGAAAUCCCAUGCUGAUGAUGCCAUGGAAAGCAUGAAUGGACAGAUCCCAGAGGGUGGAACAACUGCACUCACAAUAAAAAAGGCUGAUGAUAAUGCUAAGAAAGUUAGGGCUCCUGUCCAAAAUAUGUUAUUGCCACCAGCAGGACGUAAUGUAGCUGGGGGUCCCAUCAGAAACAACAUGGCUAGCAAUCGUUUUGCUGGCCAAAGGUACAAUCCAAUGGGUGGUGGAAGACCAGCACCCUAUCAGCAGAACUACGGUAACCAAGGCUAUGGUGGUGGAAUGAUGGGAAAUCAAGGCCAUGUUCCCCAAGUUCCUGGGGGAUGUGUACUGUAUGUAUACAACAUUGGUAACGAUGCCAAUGAAAGAUUACUUUAUCAGCUGUUCAGUCCGUAUGGAAAUGUUAUGAAAGUGAAUGUCAUCUUUGAUAGUCAAAAGGGUCAGUGUAAAGGAUAUGGAUUUGUUACCAUGGGUACAUACGAAGAGGCUGAGAGUGCUAUUUAUAGUCUCAACGGAUAUUGGUAUAAUGGCAGAGAACUUCAAGUGUCCUAUUACAAUAAAUAACUUAUUUUCAUUUGACAAGAACAUUCAUUGACCUAUUUGUUUACCAUGUUUACAUCACAUGUAAAUAACAUUAGACUAUUGAAAAAAAUCUUGUUCAUUUUUUUGCAGUCAUUUCAAGUUACUUUCUGUUAAGGGUCCAAUUUCUUUGAAACAUAUUUCCAAGUGAUCCCUUUUGCAACAUAGGAGGUGGGUUUAGAAUUAUCAUUCAUCAUGUCCAUAAAAAAAACCAACACUUCAGUAGAAUUAUUUCAAAAAUUUGGUAGUGGGACACUCCUGGUUAGUUAUGUUGCUAAAUGAAAUGUAAAUAUGUUAUAAGCAUUCAUCAUCCUUUUGGUAUUUGCCAGCGAUUUUUUCCCUUCGACUUUCAUUUUACAAUAUACUGUCCUUUUAUUGUACUGACAAUUGAGGGUAAGUCAAAAAUAUUUGUUCUUUUUUAUUAUCUCCCUUAGAAGUUUCACUUCUCAUCUAGUUAUUUUGACUAGAGUUAUCUUUGAUUUUUAAUAUGCAUUUUUAAACAUUGUCAUAUCUAUUAUACAGUUCAUUGUCAUUUAUAGAUAUACAGCAGUUUAUAACAUUUUUUUUCAAAAGUUAAUUAAUGAAUUUAUACUCUCCUAAGUAAAUUUCAAACUAAAGUGUAAUUUAUUAUAAUACAAAAGAUUGAAUUUUUGUCCUAUUUAGAAAUACCUACACAAGUCUUGACAUAUCCAACAUGUUCCAACUUUCAAAAGUCAGGUGUAAUUAUUUGAAUUUUUAAAGAAACCAUAUAAGUACUUAAAAAACCCUCCAAAACUUGACAACUCUGUGGCAAAUGGGAGAAAACUCAUUUUUUGUGACAAAUGAGGAUAUUAUAUUUUAUACAUUAUGUAGAUUUAUGGCUUAUGUUAAAUGAAUUUUCAGCAAAUAUUUUUCAAUUGAAUUAUAUUUACAAUUAUGAAUGAAUGUUUCCAUCCUGGCUAAUAGAUUUUAAAAAUCAAUUAAGACAUAAGAAAAUGUGACCUUAGUUCAAUUUAAUGAUUUGAAAUACAUGUACAAGUAAUCUAAAUCCAAUAAUUGCCAAAAAAUUGAAUUACUUAUUAACUUAAAUACAUUAUUAACCUUUAAAAAUUAUGUUGUAAAACAUUUUAUGAAGAUCUUGUUUUAGCUGCAAAUCAUAUAUUUCAUAUUUUUUUUAUUCAUGUCAUUUCUUGUAAAUAUAUUUCAAAGUCCCAAGAUGAAUAAAUAUUGAAGUUAAUACUUUUUGUGAUUAUUCAUUAAAUACAUGUACAUUGUAAAUGGCAGCUUUGCAACUGUUUUAAAACAUAUUAAUAUUUAUGAAUUCAUAUUUUAAUAAAUUAUGAAAGUAAUAGAAAUGUAGCUGACAAGUUGUGAAAUCUAUUUGUUCAUUAUUAUUCAGUAUUAUCUUGUUUUGUUUUAAUUUAGAUCUUAUAAAAAUCAAAAAAAUAUAUUUGUUUUACAUGUAUUAGUCAUAAGACUACUGAAAAAUACAUAUGCAGAAAGGAAUUUAUAGUAGUAAGGUACAUUUGAUAUUCAUUUAAGUCACACCUUUUUUGAACUUACGAAUUCUGCAAAUUUUUAUCAAUUACAAAACAUUAUUGAGUCUUAA